CACGGUUACCAUGGUAAUAGCUGAUCACACGACUAGUUGGCUAACUACUAGCUAGCUAGCCAUCAUGGGCGUUGACAAUUUCAAGAUGGCACUUUGAUGAUGGACUGAAGGAUACAACUGCUUACUAACUGACCAAAUGAGAUAACAGCACAGCAGCAAUGUCUUCCUUAGAAAAGGAAAUUACUGACCUUCAUUUAAGCCUUGAUUGUGGUGAUAAUGCUGUGAAAUCACAUACCCCACACAUUCUACCAGAGUGUGUUGGACCUAUACAGAUCACUGAGUAUGUCACAUCUGACACCCAAUAUUUCAGCAGAAGAAACUUCAAAUAUGUUGUGGAUUGCAUUUUGAAGAACACUACUUUAAAGAAUUUGUAUCUUGAAGGUAAUGAAAUAUCCAGGCUUCCGGAUACGCUGUUUACCAGUUUGUCAAACUUGGUGUGGUUAGAUCUCAGAAAUAACCAAAUCACAGCCCUUCCUGCAAAAAUUGGCCUACACAGAUGUCUAAAAACGUUGCUGCUAGAAGGGAAUCCUAUCACAGAGCUUCCACUGGAAUUGGGUAACGUGAUUACUCUCAAGGCCCUGAGUUUGAGGCAUUGCCCCAUCACGUUUCCACCUCAAGAGGUUGUGGGGCAGGGCCUCCAAUGCAUUCUACAGUACCUACGGAGUGCCAUGGCCGAACGACCGGUUAGUGUGCGGAACUCUCUUCCAGACAUGCCCCCAGUGGAGAAGCUACAGUUGACAGAGCUUGUAAAGUCCAGUUUGGACCUUUGUGAAGAGGUGGUGGAUGAAGAUGAACUGCAGAGGUUCAGAGAGCUGAGGCAGAAGAUGAGCCAAAUGGACAGAGCUGAGUUGGGCUAUGCCCUCCCUAUUUCACGCCUCCCUAGAGCAGCAGAGGGUGAUAGAGGCCACAAGACAUACCCUCUGCCCGUCAUUAAAAGAAAGAAAGAGAUUACCAGGGGAAAUAUAUUUCCAGAGCUCCCUCCCUUUGACAUGCAGUACUGGAAGAGGUCAGAGGAGAGAAGACUGGCUGCAAUGAAAGAGCUUAAAGAAAAACAAGCCAUUCUUGAACAAAGGAGGAAGUAAAGACCAAGAGCUCCUCAAGGAAUGGCGUACUCAUGCUAGGGUCAUGCAGGAGAGGAAAAUCUUAGAGCACAAGCAGGAAAGGCGUGAGAGACAUAGAAGAGAAGAG